UCCCCUCUGCACUCAUCCUGGAGUUAUUGUAGUCAACUUCCCCACCACCACAACCAAGCUCUUCAGAACAGUCCCGGAGUUUCCUGCAUCACAGCAAGAGGGCUCUGUGCUUUCUUGCCGCAACGUCCUUUAUCUUCUGGAGCAAAACUAAACUCAGAAGGCCAGUAAUCCAAAAACAAAAACUUGGAUUUGUACGCUGAGAACUUGCAUUUUACUUGUUGGGGCAAGUAGCAGAGGGCUCCAGAGAGGUGCUAGGCUGAGAGAGGACUUAAAAGCACAAGAUGGGUGACUGGGGCUUCCUGGAGAAGUUACUGGACCAAGUGCAGGAGCACUCAACGGUCAUCGGCAAAAUCUGGUUGACGGUCCUCUUCAUCUUCCGCAUCUUGAUCCUGGGCCUCGCCGGGGAGUCCGUGUGGGGAGAUGAGCAGUCAGACUUUGUUUGCAACACCAAGCAGCCCGGCUGCCCCAAUGUCUGCUAUGACAAGGCUUUCCCCAUUUCCCACGUCCGUUACUGGGUCCUGCAGUUCCUCUUUGUCAGCACACCCACCUUGGUCUACCUGGGGCACGUCAUCUAUCUCUCCCGGCUUGAGGUGAAACUCAAGGAGCGGGAGAGUGAGCUCCGGGCUCUUCAGUCUAAGGAUUACAAGGUGACCGCCAUGCUGGUGGCGGUGGAGAAGAAGAUGGCCAAGAUCUGCGUGGCGGAGGAUGGGCGGAUUAAAAUCCGCGGGCCUCUGAUGUGGACCUACACCAUUAGUGUGGUCUUCAAGAGCAUCUUUGAGGCUGGCUUCCUCCUUGGCCAGUGGUACCUAUAUGGUUUUGUAAUGCAUGCCCGCUAUGUCUGUCAGGGGGACCCGUGCCCACACCAUGUGGACUGCUUUAUGUCCCGCCCCACUGAAAAAACUAUCUUCAUCCUCUUCAUGCUGGUGGUGGGCUUGAUCUCCCUCGUUCUCAACCUUCUGGAGCUCUUUCACCUCUGCUGCAAGAGCCUGCUCCACAACACCAAGGAAAGAGACUGCUGUUCCCCCUCCUCUGCUCCUCCCAUGCCCUGUGAGGCCAACAGCUUCCCCAACAAGCUUUGCGGUGUGCCUGAGGAGGCUUAUCCCGACAAGGCUUUCUUCUACCUCCCAAUGAAUGAGAGGCCUUCUCCGCCCUACCAGGCAUACAACAAACUUUCCAAUGAGCAGAACUGGGCCAACUACAACACAGAAGAAACCUUGGCCUUGCAAGGCAGGAAUAAGCCCCCAGACGUCUUUGCCACGGAAGCCCCCAUAGUCCAUCUCUCUCAGGAAAGGCAGUCGAGCCGGCCUAGCAGCAGUGCUUCCAAGAAGCAAUAUGUCUAGCAAGCAAAGCAACCAUUACAGAAGAUGGAUGUUGUCUUCCUUUGUGGCAACUCUGGGUUUACUGAACUAAUUAGCCUUCCUGGCAAUGGAUGGCUGCCUUCCGAUUUUGACAAAAGUGUCCAUGUCUCAAAUGUUCUUCUCAGGGGCCGCCUAGUUUUCUACCAUGUGAAACCUGCUGUACCAAGUAGAGCUAUCCUGACUUUCAUAUAGACAUAAACUGAACCUUCCAGGUAGAGUCGACCAUGGGACAUCUUCUGGGCCAAUGAAAUGGCUGGUUCACGGACAUUCAGUCAUCCAAGUGUCGAAGGGUGACUAGCUGAUUGGUGGAGGGGCAUUCGUUGGUCUUCUAUUUGUGUUAGGCCUUGCAGGUGAGUAUGGGUAGCAGCAAC